AUGGCGCUCCAGAAGUUCAACCCCAAUACUUUUUUGGACGAGUGGUCCGAGGAAAAGUACUCACCACUGUACAGCGACAAGCCGCUGGCACAAUGCAUAGGGGAAGCAUUCGACAUUCCGCCCACGGACGACUAUGUCUACCGGGCACAGGCAGAGACUACGCUGCUGGCUACACAGCGAGCCAUUGACGCAAAGAGGCAACACGGGCUGCAUGCAUGGUACACAGACGACAAAGGCAAGCCUAAAGAGCCGCCGCACCCCUCGCUCGACGAGAUAAAGGCAUACACCGACGUCUUCAGCGCCUCGGCCAAUCUCCCCAAGGCCCUCAACAGCUUCCUCAAGAGCGCAAAAGCACAAAGCCUGCGCCUAGAAAUAGCCACGCAUCUGGCCGCGCGCUUACACAACACGGCAUCGCCGCAUCUCGGCCUUGUGCCCAGCAAAAAGCCGCGCGAGCACAAGAACCCCUACUUUGAUCUCUGGAGGUACUCGUGCCAAGAGCUGGAAUGGGCCGGCCCACUGCCGUCGACUACGCACACGAGGAUAAGCCACCACAUUCUGCCCCUCUUCUACCAUCACUUUGGCUGCGUCGUGCCCUCGUAUGCCGCGCUGCAUGCCAUCGCCAAGCUGGCCCAGCCCGCGCGCCCCAGCAAAGAAGACGUCCUGCCAAUCCUCGACAUUGGCUCCGGAAACGGCUACUGGACGUAUAUGCUGCGCCAUUUCCCCAUUGCCCAUAUUGGCGCCACCAAACCGCUCAAUGUCCGUGCCAUCGACAGCCAGGUCAGCGAGUACCGCGUCUCGUGGAUCAACGACACCAUCCACAUGGAUGGCAAGCACUAUCUCAAACAAAACAACCACGGCAAGGGAUGCGUCCUGCUGCUCGUCUAUCCACAGGCAACCGGAGACUUUACAGGCCCAAUCCUCAAGGCCUUUGAGGGCGACACCAUUGUCGUUGCCGGCACGCAAAACAGAAACGGCUUCACGGCCUUCAGGGACGUCAUUGUAGAUGAAUGGGUCGCCAAAAACUUGUCUCACUUUGAACUCACGCUGAGAAUGCCAUUGCCGAGCUUUGCCGGCAAGGACGAGGCACUGUUUGUAUUUCAGAGAAAAAGGUCGGACUGA